CUACACAAUAAUUGCAUUAAUACUUUCAUUAAUUACGUAGUACCUUAUAAAAAAGAAACCUAACAGAGAUGUGAGUUCAGGUAUAAUCAUUCAAGACGAAUUUAAUAACUUUAUUACUCUAUUUCAACAUUCAAAUGAAGCUGAAAAUCACUGCCAUGAAUAUGGUAAUCGUGUCACUCAUUCUCUCACUUGGGGUAAUAUACAAUUCGGUUGAAUCAGUUCCAACAGAAAUAGAACUCUCACAGAACAUUCAAAACGCUAUUGGAAAAUUCAACACUUUGACGGGAAAAUUCAUAAAAGAUGACCUUAAACCAGAAAAAAACGCUUUAUUUUCACCUUUAAACAUUUACAUCGCCUUAUCAUUGUUACAUUUGGGUGCGAGUGGAGCAACUCGAAACGAACUUUCAACAGCUUUGGGAAUGCCUUCGGAUGAAGCGGAAAUAAUUGUGGCUCACAAACAGCUUGGUAGAAUAUUGAGCGACCUGCAAAAUUCGAGCACAGCUGAAGUGAAAAUUGCCAAUUCGAUAUUUGUGCAGAACGCAGUAAAGUUGAAAGACGCUUAUUUGCAAGCAACAAAAUUGUUUUACGAAAGCGAAGCUCAACAAGUCGAUUUUGCCAAAGCAGGUUCCGAGGCUACCGAUAUUGUUAACAACUGGGUUUCAAACAACACGAAAAAAAGGAUACCCAGAUUAUUCAAUGAAGAUAUACCCCACGAUACUCAACUACUCUUGGCUAGCACUUUGCUAUUCAACGCCACUUGGCAAAAACCAUUCGAAAUGCGGUUAACUAAAGACGAAAAAUUCAACACCGGAGGCAAACAAGUAGCAGUAAAAAUGAUGAAUCAGGUAUCCUACAUUCCUUACUUGAAGGACGAAAAAUCACAAGUCGAAGCCAUCAGUUUAUUCUACAAAAAUAACGAGUUCUCUAUGGUUAUUAUCUUACCACCCAGAAAUCGAUCUCUGGGUACUUUGAUCGAUAGUUUGAGACCCGAACAUCAACAAAAGGUGAUUCAAGAGUUUGGUUCAAAAGUCCAUUACGUCGAUUACAAAUUACCUCGGUUUAAAUUCAGUUGGUCGCAAAAUAUGAAUAAUGAUCUGAAGAAAACAGGUAUACGUAAAAUAUUUGAGAAUACUGAAUUGGAUAACUUGAUAGAAAGCUCUGACAAAUUCAAGGUAUCCCAAAUAAAUCACGCGACUGAAAUUCAAGUCGAUGAAUUUGGGACUAUUGCAACUGCAGUGAGCACUGUUGCAGUAAACGGGUUAUCUGGGUUUCAAUCUAAAUCAGAGCCCAUCAAGUUUCACGCAGAUCGACCGUUUUAUUUUUGGAUUAUUCAUCAAAAAACUGGAAUGAUUUUGUUUACGGGAAUUGUACAAAAUCCAUCGGUCAAAGCGAUUAUUCUAGCACUCUUUUUGGUGCUUGGUACUACACAAACCCUCGUGGAAUCAGCUCCGAAAGAUCAAGAUCUCUCACAGCUCAUUCAAAACUCUGUUGUAAAAUUCAACACUUUGUUCACCAAAUUCAUAAAAGAUGAUCUGAAACCAGAAGAAAACGUAUUAUUUUCCCCUGUGAAUAUUUACACAGCCUUAUCGCUGCUACAAUUGGGCGCCAGUGGAGAAACUAGAAAAGAACUUUCAAAUGCUUUAGGAAUACCUGAGAAUGGUGCGAGAUUCGCUGCAGCUCAUCAAAACUUGAGUAAAAUAUUAAACGACCUACAGACAACGACUGCAACCGAAGUGAAAAUAGCUAAUUCGGUAUUUGUGCAGAAAGGAUUAAAAUUAAAGAAUAGUUAUUUACAAGCGAUCAAAAAUUAUUAUCAAAACGACGCUCAACAGGUGAAUUUCACCAAAGCAAAUUCAGAGGCCAGGGAUAUAAUCAACAACUGGGUAUCAAAUAACACGAAGAACCGAAUACCAGAAUUAUUCAAAAACAUAAUUCCACAAAAUACUCGACUUAUUUUGGCUAGUACAUUAUUUUUCAACGCUACUUGGAAAAAUAAAUUUCCAAUACAGGCUACCAAAGACGAAAAAUUCACCACUGGAGCGAAAGAGGUAUCAGUUAAAAUGAUGGAUCAGCUAAAACACGUUCCUUAUUUAAAAAACGAAAAAUUACAAAUCGAAGCAAUCAGUUUACCAUACGAAAAUAACGAAUUCUCAAUGGCUGUUAUUUUACCAUACGCAAAUAAAUCAGUGAGCGCCUUUAUAGAUGACUUGAAAGUAGACCAUCAACAAGAAAUCAUACGCGAAUUUCGCUCAAAAAACGAAUACGGCGUUCAUUAUAAAAUACCGCGAUUUAAAUUCGCCAAGUCUCAAAGUAUCAAUAAUUAUGUAAUAAAAUCAGGUAUCAGAAAAAUUUUUGAAAUUGCUGAAUUAGAUAAUUUGGUAGAAAGCUCCGAACGUCUGAAAGUAUCGGAAAUAAAUCACGCGACUGAAAUAGAAGUCGAUGAAACUGGAUCUAUUGCGACUGCUGUAACCACGAAUAUAGCGCUUUUAUGUUUAAGCGAAGAAUAUCAUACAGAGCCUAUCGAGUUUUACGCAAAUCGACCAUUUUUAUUUUGGAUUUAUCACCAAAAAACUGGUAUUAUUUUGUUUUCGGGAAUUGUACAGAAUCCAUCGGUGUAAAAUUUGUUGUUUUUCGUGCGUAUUCAAGUUUCUGAUACCAGCAUUUUCGAAACUAUUUUGUAAAAAUAAUUAUCAAAUAAAAAGAUAUUUCAGUUA